AUGGGUUUUUCUGUGCUUUACAAUGGAACGGGAUCAUCAGAUGAUGGAUUCUACAUCACAGCCUUCCACACACUGGGCAAUAAGAACUACCUCAUCCUAGCUCUCUCUAUAAUAUACAUCAUCACUCUAAUGGGUAACUUUGUUCUGUUAGCAGUCUUCAUUAUGAACCCAAGCCUUCAAAAUCCAAAAUAUGUUGCAGUGUGCAAUUUAGCUGUGGUGGACAUCUCUUUGAACAGUGUUAUCAUUCCCCAGAUGGUGCCUGUAUUUGUGUUCAAUCUGAACUACGUCUCCUUUGGGACGUGUUUUUCUCAGAUGUUCUUCUUGCAUUUUUUUGGCGAUAUGGAGUCCUUCUCCCUGGCUCUCCUAGCGUACGACCGUGUCAUAGCCAUCUGUUUCCCUCUGCGUUACCUCACCAUCAACACCAACCUGAGGAUGCUGCUCAUCCUGCUAGGGAUCUGGACCCUGGCCUUCCUCUUGGAGGUCUACCCUGUCGCCCUGGCCUCUAGCCUGCCUUACUGUGCCUCUAGGGUGGUGCAGAGCUGCUGCUGUGAGCACGGUCCUGUAUACAGACUGGCCUGCUCUGACAUCUCUUUCAACAGGAAACUAGCAACAGCUAAAACUCUGGCUGUCCUGUUAGGCCCCCUGUCCUUCAUCAUCUUCACCUAUGCUGUGGUGGUGGUUGCGGUGCUGAAGUUUGCCUCGACUACCCAGCGGUGGAAAGCCUUCCACACCUGUCUCACUCACCUGCUGCUGGUCCUGGUGUACUACCUCCCUGUCAUCCUGGCCUACGUCCUAGGUAACCUGCGCCUGGUGCAGUCCUCAGACCUCCUGACUGCCAUCCUCACUGUGUCUGUCACCCUGCCACCCAUGCUCAAUCCUAUCAUCUACAGCCUAAAGACAGAGGAGCUGCGGGAGAAAAUCAUCAAACUGUUUGUAAAGACAAAAGUUUCUUCUCACAAAUGA